AUGGACGAGAUGUUUGAUGUUUUCGAGGGCAACGCCGGCCCUGCGAGCGCCAGCGAAGACGAAAGAGUGCCGACCAAGAGCCGCAAGGACAAGACGAAGAAGAGAAAGGCGGACGAGGCGAUGAACGGCAAGGCUGCUGCUGAACCCCAGAAGGAGAAUGCGACCGAAGAUACUGAGAUGGGUGAGACGAGCGAUGCCGCGGCGGCGCAAGAAGACGACUCGGACACGCCAAGCCAGCAGGACAAGAAGCGUCGCAAAAAGGGCGACGCUGCCGUGCCGGUCAUGGCGGACAACUUUGAGACGGCGCAGUCGAGAGAGGUGGCUGGUGCGGCGACUUUUGUCCCGCAGGACUCCUCCCUCAUCCUAUCGCACAACAUCCAGCACCAGGUCGCACUGCCACCCGACCUUGACUAUGAAUACGUUCCGCUCUCCGAGCAUAAGUCGCCCGCCGAGCCUGCGCGAUCGUACCCCUUCAAGCUAGAUCCCUUUCAGAGUCUGUCGGUUGCUUCCAUCGAGCGCGAUGAGAGCGUCCUCGUCUCGGCGCACACCUCUGCGGGUAAAACCGUCGUCGCCGAGUACGCCAUCGCCCAGUGCCUGAAGCGAAACCAGCGAGUCAUCUACACCAGUCCGAUCAAGGCCCUCAGCAACCAAAAAUACCGAGACUUUGAAGCCCUUUUCGGCGAUGUCGGCUUGAUGACUGGUGACGUGACCAUUAACCCGACGGCGAGUUGCUUGGUCAUGACGACGGAAAUUUUGCGAUCCAUGCUGUAUCGCGGCUCAGAGAUUAUGCGAGAAGUCGCGUGGGUUGUGUUUGACGAGAUUCACUACAUGCGCGACAAGACACGAGGCGUCGUUUGGGAGGAGACAAUUAUUAUGCUGCCCGACAAGGUCCGAUAUGUGUUCCUGUCCGCCACCAUCCCCAAUGCCUUCCAAUUUGCGGAAUGGAUCGCCAAGAUUCACCACCAAGCCUGCCACGUUGUGUAUACCGAUUUCCGACCUACACCGCUGCAAAACUACUUUUACCCAGCCGGCGGCUCUGGGGCGCGCAUUGUCGUCGACGAAAAGGGCAACUUCAACGAAGACAACUUCAAUAUCGUAAUGAAGGAGGUCGAGGAAAAGAAGGGUGCCGACCCCAACGACAUUAACGCCAAACAAACGGGCAAAGGGAAGAACAAGAAAACGCACAAGGGUGGCUCCGACGACGGCUCCGAUAUGAGCAAGAUUAUCCGCAUGACGAUCCGGAAAAGCUUCAACCCUGUCAUUGUCUUCAACUUUAGCAAGCGAGAGUGCGAGAACAUGGCCAUUAGCAUCUCGAAGCUGAGCCUCAAUGACGAUUCCGAAAAGGCCAUGGUCAACAAAGUCUUCCACAGUGCCAUUGAGAGUCUGUCAGAGCAAGAUCGCGACCUGCCGCAGAUCAAGAACCUGCUGCCCCUGCUUGUGCGCGGCAUUGGUGUCCAUCACUCUGGUCUCCUGCCCAUUUUGAAGGAGACUAUCGAGAUUCUUUUCCAAGAAUCCUUGAUCAAGGUGCUGUUUGCCACCGAGACCUUUUCCAUCGGCUUGAACAUGCCUGCCAAGACUGUAGUCUUUAGCCAAAUCACCAAGUGGGACGGCGUCAAGCGUCGCCCGCUCACGUCCUCCGAGUACGUGCAGAUGGCUGGCCGUGCCGGUCGCCGCGGUCUUGACGCGCGAGGUAUUGUAAUCAUGAUGAUUGACGAUAAAUUGGAGCCCGACACCGCCAAGGAAAUUGUUACCGGCCAACAGGACAGGCUCAACUCGGCCUUUUACCUGGGCUACAACAUGAUUCUCAACUUGCUCAGAAUCGAGGCCAUCUCUCCUGAAUUCAUGCUCGAGAGAUGUUUUCAUCAGUUCCAGAAUGCGGCUAGCGUUCCCAGUCUCGAGAGGGAACUCAUGGCACUGCAGCAAGAGCGUGAUGGCGCCACUAUUCCCGACGAAGCCACCAUCAAGGACUACUAUCAAAUUCGCCAGCAGCUCAACACCUAUACGAGAGAUAUGCGAUCGGUUAUUCAGCUUCCCAACUAUUGUCUCCACUUCCUACAACCUGGCCGCCCAGUUCAAAUCUACAACCCCAAGGAUUCGCCGGACAACGUGGCUGGUGGCCUGGACUUUGGCUGGGGCGUGAUUGUUAACCACUACCCGCGUCGUAGCACCAAGCUUGGCGAACCCGAGCACAUCCCUCAAGAAUCGUACAUUAUCGAUGUCUUGCUUCCGAUAUCUGCUUCUAGUGCCGAUAUUGUUCCUGGACAGCCAGCUGCCGAGAUGCCUACCGGUCUUGUUCCCGCCAACGGCGAUAAAAACACAAUCAUUGCCAUUGUUCCCUGCUUGCUCACAUGCAUAAAAGCCAUCAGCCAGAUCCGCGUCUUUAUGCCCAAGGAUGGCCUCAAGACGGACAAGGACCGCGCGACGGUGAACAAGUCUCUUUCCGAAGUCAAGCGCCGCUUCCCCGAUGGUCUGCCCAUCCUCGAUCCGUUUCACAACAUGGAUAUUACAGACGAGUCGUUUCAAAAGCUCCUUCGCAAGAUUGAAGUUCUUGAAUCCUGUCUGCUAGCCAACCCUCUACACCUGUCGCCCCUGCUGCCGUCACUCUGGGAUCAGUACCAUGCCAAGACACUGCUUACGGAGAAGAUCAAGGCCAAGAAGAAGUCGAUUGCCAAGGCCCACAGCAUCACCCAAAUGGAUGAGCUCAAGUCGCGCAAGCGUGUGCUGCGGCGUCUUGGAUUUAUCAACGAUGCGGAAGUCGUGCAGCUCAAGGCUCGCGUUGCUUGCGAGAUCUCAUCGACCGAAGGUCACGAACUGGUGCUCUCGGAGCUGCUCUUUGACCGCUUCUUCAAUGAACUCACGCCCGAGACGUGCGCUUCCAUUCUCAGCUGCUUCAUCUUUGAUGAAAAGGUCGAGGCGACGGCUUUGAAGGAAGACCUGCAGAAGCCGUUCCGCGAGGUGCAGGCCAAGGCGCGCAUCGUCGCCAAGGUCAGCCAGGAGUGCAAGUUGGACGUCAACGAAGAGGAAUACGCGGCCAGCCUCAAGUGGCAGCUGAUGGAGACGGUGUUUGCCUGGGCCCAAGGCCGGCCGUUUUCUGAGAUUUGCAAGAUGACAAAUGUCUACGAGGGCUCCCUGAUUCGCCUCUUCCGCCGCCUGGAAGAGCUUCUGCGCCAGAUGGCCCAGGCCGCCAGGGUCAUGGGCAACGACGACCUCACCAAGAAAUUUGACGAGAGCUUGCAGAAGAUUAGAAGGGACAUUGUGGCUGCCCAGAGUCUGUACCUGUAG